UACCACAAUUACCACCAAUACAGCUGACUUCAGUAAACUUCGGCUUUUGCUAGCGCUUGCUCACACCUACUCUGACACCUACACUUUUAUCGCGAAAAAAGAAAAAAAAAGAAAAAAAAGAGAGAGAAAUCACCCACAUUAUGAGACCACAGAUUUGUAGGUGAGCAGUAGAAGUAGUGAAGUAGUGGAAGACAAGCACACAGUGGAGUUUAUUAAAUCAAGGAUGUCACCGUGAUGUCACGGAUACAUUGACGGAAGUUAACGGAGAAUUAAUCCGCUGUUUAUCAUCCAUAUUUGUGCAUCAUGAGGGACUCGGUGACGUUAUAAUCAACAAGCAAUAAUGCCAGGAUGUCGAACUGUGACAGAAAGGAGGGAAAUCAGACUGCGAUCGACUAUGAUCGCCAGUUCCAGGAGGAUUUGGAACGUGCACAGGCCCUCAGCCUCGAGAGCCUGGCACUGGAGAAAUUUAAAAUGCAGAAACAACAGUUAGAAUGCAACAGUUUUGUAAGGAGAGCUUUGGCAGCCAGUGAUUACAGUUCCAGGAGUCAUGGGGAUGGAGACCUUGCAUCGCAGACUGCUGACAGAUUUUCACUGAGAAGUCGUCCGAGACCAGGGGGCAGUCAGCCAAAAAAUGCUGCAAUAAUAGCUCCACCACCGCCAGUCCCCUGUCGCCGGAAUUCAACAACAGCAGUGGCAGCAUGUAGUGCAACAACAGAUUUAAUAAACUUCACGAGUCCAAUAAAACAUGAUCCAAGCGUGGAGGAAUACUGCAGCAUUCCACCACCAGCACCACCUCCAAAGGCACCAAUCGAACCACGAUGGGACAAUCAUCCAGCUCUCAUGAGGAGAACCUCGAGGGUAACGAGGAGUAAUAGUUCAGCAGCUUCAUAUCAGACACGUGACUUACGUUAUCACUCACCAUCACCUGGACCACAUCCAUCAACAGCACCAUGCACACCCGGUACACCGGGUAUCAGUCCUGUCAUGUCCAGAGCAUGCGUCAAUCCCCACGUACCUGAUGUCAUUCCUCAGAUUCCCCCCCUGCCAAUGAACUACCGUCCAACGCCUCCGCCCCCGAAGUUCGCAAUAGACGAGGGUCAACUAAGUGUCCUCAAGGUUAUUGAGAAGAAGCCGAACAACAAUCUGAUCGACUUGACGGCCUUCGAAACAGUUGAGGAGCGUUCAAACGUCCGAGUGAGUGUUCUGGAGGCGUUCGACCCUCUACUCGUAAAGACUGAAGACUCCUUGAGCAAUCAUCCCCCACAACCAAAAGAAGAAGCGAGCAGUCAGAUAGAGGGUUCUGUCUACGAUCCCUUUGAUCCCUUCGACUACAUGUACAGCACAAAUGAGAGUGUCAGCUCGGAUCCAGUGUAUGUCGCCGUCGAGAGGACGGCCAAGUCCCCGGGGGCAUCUCCUGCAGCUCCUCCACUGCCCCCGAGGAAUUCCUCGGCCUGGAAUACUAUUGAGCGUCGUCGAACGUCUCUAGAUCGUCGCCAAAAACGUCAAACACGUCUGUACGAGAAUGUCCAGGUGGUGAAAACGAGGGCGUCCCUCCAUGACUGCGACCUGAAAGCAUUCCACCAGAUGAUCAAGUCAGUGAGGAGUGAAUUCCUGUUCAAUGACCCGAGCACGAACAUGGGGUACGUGACGAGUCCAAUGAUGGAGAACCUGUAUCCUGAAGGGACCUCCAUAAAACUAGUCGUUCACCCUCAACUACCGGACAGUACUGACUCCCUGCCCUCGAUUUCUUUCACUUGUGACGUGACCUGUAGCGUCGAGCACGUAAUCUUCAAUGUGGCGUGCUCCCUGGAGGACGAGGAUACAGUGAUCGCCGAGAAGUAUUGCCUGAGGGUGUGGGGUCUGGCUGAGUACUUGGCCCCUAAUACCACAUUGGCUAAUUACGAGUACAUUCACCAGUGCAUCAAACUGGAGAAGGACAUCGAGCUCGCCAUUAUGACGAGGGGACAGAUGAAAAAGUCGAUAGCGCGAACCCUUCAGGAUGAUAAUAGAGAGCAGUGUAUCGAGUUGGAGGAGAUUCUACCAAACGAGCCAAACGAGCCAAUAUCUUAUGACAGUCUGGUGAUUCUCUUGGAGACAGUGGAGAAGGAGAUGGAGAGGGUAGAGACUGCUGCCCUGCAGCUAGCCACUUCCAACCACAGCUCGAGUCUCCUCCCCCAGCUUCAACCCAGAGGUGUAAUUCAGGCAGUCAAGGCAGUCUGUACCCUCAUGGGAAAUAUUGAGACUUGUGAGAUAACUGAGGCAGUCGAUAACUUUACAAACGCUUGUUGUCAAUUUCUUCCACAAGUUCACACUGCUCACAUCGAGUGCAAAAAACCAGAAGUCCUCCACGAAGAUGGGGACUACUCAGUCGUCACCUUGAGGACGAAAUUCCCGGAAGUUCUCGCUUCUCACUGCCACAAAAUCAGAGACGCUGUCCAGGACCUAGUGGAAACAUACUGUCAUGCCUUCAGGGUGGACUUUCAGUUGAGCACUCGAGGAGAAUUUCCAACCAAUACUGUUGUCUCCUCAGAAGUUCUCGACACGGUUCUUGUUCGAGUUGGAGCUCUGCACAGGCUCCCUAGUACGUGGAAGCAUGACGAUUACAUUGUGGCAGCUCAGCUGUUCCAUGGAACGAGACCUGUGGGCAAUCCUGUCUUGUCAGAGCCUAUGAUAGUCACUAAUAACUUUUACUCUAGAAUUUUAUUCAACACCUGGUUGGAGUUCAGGGGAAUCAGUGUGUGCCAGGUACCGAGGGAGGCUAGGCUGGUGCUUGUGAUCUAUGGGAGGACUGUCCAACCAACUGAGCAUGAGUCAAACUCCAAUGGCAGCUCGAUGCAGAAGGAGGAGCUCGGCUGGGGUGCCAUCCAGUUUUUCGAUUACGAUGGAGUGAUGAGUCAAGGAAGUUAUUUCUUAUCGCUGUGGCCUGCUGUCGCUGACAAACGUCUCGGGCCCGCACCAGCUCCUGGUAUCCAUCCCUACGGUGAAACCAACCCCAUAAUUGGCCUGGAAUUGCCUGAUUAUGGAGGCAAGGUCCUCUUUCCUACUGAACUUCGUGACCACGAUGUUGAAUCCUUGGACAUCAACUCGUUGGAUCAGAAUACCAAGGAGCUUCUCAUCGAUAUCACCCAACAGGACACCUUCUCCAGGCCACCGAUAGACGAGAGGGAGAUCCUGUGGGAAAAACGUCACUAUCUCCACGACAUACCAGAGGCUCUCCCCAAAGUCCUUCUUGCUGCCCACAGCUGGGACUGGGCUUGUCUCCCUGAUCUCCACGCAUCUUUGAGGACCUGGAGUCCUCUACCCCCUGUUCAAGCCCUCCAGCUUCUUCUCCCUUGUUUUCCUGAUAUUAAUGUCAGAGAAAUGGCUGUGGGGUGGAUAAAGGAGCUCAGCAACGACGAACUCGUUGACUAUCUGCCCCAGCUACUACAGGCCCUCAAGCACGAGACGUAUGAGGCUUCUCCACUCGCCAGGUUCCUUCUGGAAAGGGCCUUGCUCUCUCCCAGGGUCGCUCAUCAUAUUUACUGGUUGCUCAAUCAGGCUCUGCCAGGACAGAGCCCCCAGAACUCGGAGAGCUCUCCUGAGGAUGACAAGACCGUUGGAUCCAUGAGGUACCAGAGACGACUACAGCUGAUGCUGAGGGCACUACUAGCUGUUAUCGGUGAGGGCCUCAGGAAUAGCUUUCUCAGUCAGCAGUGUCUUGUUAAGAACUUGAAUGAAGUUGCUGAGAACAUAAAGGUUACCAAGGAGUCCCUGAGGAUGGAUGCUCUCAAGGUGGACCUUCAGAAUAUCGACUGUCAGCUGACUGAAGACGAGGGCGUCUGUCUUCCACUAUCGCCCAGCAGACUUGCCUUCGGAAUCAACGUUCAAACCUGCUCGUAUUUUCCCUCGUUCACACUCCCACUUAAGAUCAAUUUUGUGGGCUGCGAUGGCGUUCCCAGUCCUGCUAUUUUCAAGGUCGGCGACGACCUCCAGCAGGACAUGCUGACUCUGCAGAUGGUCAGGAUUAUGGAUAAACUAUGGCUUAAGGAAGGACUCGAUCUAAAAAUGGUGACUUUUGCUUGUGUACCCACUGGCAGCAAGAGGGGCAUUAUUGAGAUGGUCACAAAUGCAGAAACGCUUAGGAAGAUUCAGGUGGAGUUUGGCCUCACUGGCUCCUUCAAGGAUAGACCCAUUGCUGAGUGGCUCGCUAAGCACAAUCCAUCUGAGUUGGAGUACGAGAGGGCUGUGGAAAAUUUUACAGCCUCUUGCGCUGGCUACAGUGUGGCCACUUAUAUUCUUGGCAUUUGUGACAGGCAUAAUGAUAAUAUCAUGCUCAAGACAUCUGGACAUCUCUUUCAUAUUGACUUUGGAAAAUUUUUGGGUGAUGCCCAGAUGUUUGGCAAUUUUAAAAGGGAUCGUACCCCGUUUGUGCUUACCUCAGACAUGGCGUACGUGAUAAAUAGCGGGGACAAACCAUCAGCAAAAUUCCACAAUUUCGUUGACCUCUGCUGCCAGGCCUUCAACAUCGUUCGAAAGCAUGGCAACCUGAUCCUCCACCUGUUCGGCUUGAUGACCUCUUCGGGAAUUUCUGGUGUCACCAUGGAUGCGGUCAGCUACGUGCAGAAGGCUUUGCUACCUGGACAAACGAAUCCUGAAGCUGCAGCCACCUUCGCCAGGAUGAUCGAGAGCUCCCUCAAAAGUUGGUUCACUCAGUUCAAUUUCUUCCUUCAUAAUCUCGCGCAGCUGAGGUUCACUGGAGAUCAGAGCGACGGUGAACUCCUCUCAUUUGUCCCGAGAACGUACACAAUGCAACAGGAAGGACAGUUGACCAGUGUCCAAGUCCAUGGAUAUCAAAAGAGAUAUGAUCCAGAGAAAUAUUACAUGUAUAUACUGCGUAUUCAGAGAAAAGGACAGGCUGACCCCACGUACCUCUUCAGGUCGUACAAGGAGUUCUGCGAAUUCUAUCAGAAGCUCUGCAUUCAUUUUCCCCUCGCCAAAGUAGCAAGUUUACCGAGUGGCAUGAGUGUGGGCCGAUCGAAUAUCAAACAAGUUGCUGACAAGAGGCGAGCUGAUAUCGAAAAAUUUCUGCUCAGUCUUUUCAAAAUGGCACCUGAGAUAUCUCAGAGCGACCUUGUAUACACUUUCUUCCAUCCACUUCUGCGGGAUCAACAAAAUGCUGACAUUCAUCUACGAAAAGUUAAAGUGGGAAACUGGUGGGCAGAGAGAAAAAUCCUAGAGAACGUGCAGUGUGGUCAAAUAAAAAUAUCUCUUCACUAUACUCGUGGGACUUUAUCAGUGAUGAUCCACCAUGCCCGAGGUUUGCCAAAGGUUGCCAACGCUCAAGAGCCCAACACCUACGUCAAAGUUUACCUCAAACCUGACCCUACGAAGGCAACCAAAAGGAAAACCAAAGUCGUCAAGAAGAACUGCCAUCCAUCGUUCAUGGAAAUGUUGGAGUACAGAAUGCCUCUGGAGGUGAUCCAGGAUCGGGCCCUGGAAGCGACAAUUUGGAACCACGACACACUCCAGGAGAAUGAAUUCCUCGGGGGAAUUCACCUCCCCUUGUCACACCUCGAUUUAACUAGAGAAACCAUCGAGUGGUUUCCCCUAGGGAGCCUCAGAUGAAUACACUGAGAAAAAAAUUACUUUUUCCAAAAAAGAUUUAUUGAAACAAGAAAAUUUCCCCCUGUUAAUAUUUAAGGAUGUUCGACACUGAAAUGGAGUACAUCCAGACAAAUAUUUGGGGAGACGAAAAAUUGAAAUCGGUUGGAUAGUUUUCGAGAUAUUGCAACGAACGGUUCAGAAUCAAAUGGCAAUUUAUGAAAAAUGGCUGGACCGAUCAAGCAGAAUUUUGGCACAGGCUAAGUCCUCAGUAAUGCCUAGAAUUUGCCGAAAUUUCAGGUUCAUCGAAAAAAUACUAGCUAUUUAUUUCUUCAAUUGGGUAAAAGAGUGGGCGAAGUUGACCAUGCGCACACACACAUGGUGUUUCAAAUUUUGUAUUUUUACGUUUCUAAUAAUUUUACAUAAUUUCCAAGAAAAAUUAGGAAACUCGAAGAUCGGAUUACAAAGCUUCCGUUUGGAAGCAAGAAAGAGAACUUUGGGGGAAAGAGUGUAGAACAUCCUUGAAAUUAUCAACUAAACAUUGUAUUGUCCAUGAGAGAACGAAAUGAUUGGUCAAGACAGAAUGAAAAAUUUUCGAGUAAAAUUACCCUUUAUUCCUGGACAUUUCCCUCCGCACACGUUCCACGUUUUUUUCACUGAGAUUAUUUCUUAACGAAUUACCUAAUUAAGCAAUUAAUCGGAAGAUUAAUUACUCAAUUAGUUAACCGAUUAAUUGAUUAAUUAUCCGAAAUAUUUGAAUCCUUUCCGUGAAAAGUAUUUUUUUUUCUCAGUGUAGAUUAAUUGGCGUCUAAACGCACAAAUUGAAGAUGCUUUCACAAACUAGAAGUCUUGGAGAAAUUUUGAUGGAUUUUAAUUAAUGAAUUUUUAUGUAAUCACUUGGGUCCAGUGAUUGUUUUUUUUUCUUUGUGACUCUAAGAUGAUCGAUAAUGAAUCUAGAAAUUGUGAACCAAAGUAAGGACCUAACUCUAGCUCUACAAGCGAAAGAUUUUAACGAUAUUUACACGAAUGUAGUUUGCUCUAAUCAUUGAUUUAGUUUCUAUUUUUUAUGAGAUUUUCACGCACUUGAAAGUUUUUAGAUCCAAUUCGAUAUGUACGGUAUUCAAGAUGAAUGCGAUUUUUGUAUACGGUGUCAGGUUAUUUCCUCCCUAUUCGAGUAUUUUUCGUUGAUGUACUGUCCCGAACGAAGUGAAAUUGUGAUAAAUAUUUAUACACGUUGUUACCACUUUAAUCAUGGUAAUUUUUAACUAUUGUAAAUAAACUUGCAUCUUUUUGCGUGGCUCUAUGUUAUAGCAAUAUUAAUAUUCCAAGGCAAUAAGAUGUUACGAUGAAAUUAUAUUUUCUUUUUCACUUUCUAUAAUUAAAUAGAGAAAUACCAAACGAUA